CUUAAUCAAACCUUCAAAGCAGGAGACUCCUCUCUCCCUUAAACUAUGUCUAAGUCAAAGAAGCGAGUGCGCUGCUGCGUGUGUUUCGCCCUUAUUUGUGUCAUAUUGAUUUCCAUUUUACUCAUUAUUUUGUUAGUGAAGAGCAACAGAUGUGAAUACACGCAGGCUGCUGUAGCUGCAGAUUCAGAGAUUUGCUCUGACGUCGGCAGGAACAUACUGCAGGAGGGAGGCUCAGCAGUAGAUGGCGCCAUUGCAGCACUGCUGUGCACAUCAUUGGUCAACCCACAGAGCAUGGGGCUUGGUGGCGGUGCAAUAUUCACUGUUUUUGAAAAUCCAGACCACGUCAAAGUUAUCAACGGCAGAGAGAGGGUCCCCAAGGUGUUUAAACGGGAUUUGCUGAAUGACUGCCCUCAAAAUACCGCACUUCUUCCAGGUAGCCAAUGGAUAGGUGUACCAGGCGAGAUUCAAGCCUACAAGAAAGCACAUGACGUGUAUGGCAAAUUGCCCUGGAAGACACUCUUCAAGCCUGCAAUUAAACUGGCCAGAGAAGGGUUCCCACUCCCCUCCGUUCUGGAAAAAUACCUUUUCUUCUUUCAAAAAGCUAUGGUAAACUCAUCGCUAUGUUCAGUGUUUUGUAAAGAUAAUAAGGUGUUAAAAAAAGGGGAUAUGCUCCAGUACCCAGAACUGGCCAAAACCAUGGAGAUCAUAGCAGACAAAGGGCCUGAUGCCUUUUAUGAGGGAAAACUGGCUGAAGAUUUAAUCCAGGACAUAAAAAGUGCAGGUGGAAGUUUGUCUCUUGAAGAUUUGAGAUCUAUGCAGGCUGAGGUGAAAGAUGCGUUGCCUGUUCAAUUGGGUGACUACACCAUGUAUAUACCCCCCCUGCCAGCUUCCGGUUCACUUCUCAGCUUUAUACUCAACGUCAUGAAAGGUUACAGUUUGCGUCCCGAGUCCAUGAAAGGAGAAGAAGAAAUUUGGACCUACCAUCACAUUAUAGAGACUCUAAAAUUUGCAAACGGGCUGAAGAAAUAUGUCAAAGACCCAGCCUUCAGUGAUGGGAAUGACACAUCCCAUUUGGUUAGUUUGGAUUUUGCUGACAAAGUCAGAGCCAUGAUCAAGGAUGAGCCCCAGCCACUCCAGUACUACAACGUGAUGCCUUCUGCGGACAGCAUGGGCACCUCCCACCUGUCAGUCAUAGACAAAGAUGGAAUGGCCGUUUCUGUGACCAGCACCAUCAAUCAAAUGUUUGGUUCAACAGUGUACUCCCCCAGAACUGGAGUGAUACUCAAUAAUGAGCUAGCAGAUUUCUGUGGGAGAGCAACUAAAAUCUCUGCAGGGGAGCAACCUCCUUCAUCAAUGGUUCCAACAGUGCUGUACUCUAAACCACAGAAAACGGUGCUGGUGGUAGGGGGUGCUGGAGGAAGCAUGAUUGUCAGUAGUGUUGCAUUGGCCAUCAUGAAUCAUAUUUGGAUGGGAAAAGACUUGAAAGAUGCAAUAAGUGCUCCCGUGGUGUUUGUAGACUCCUCUAAUGGAGUGAACUUUGAGAAGACUUUUGACCAGGCUGUGAAGGAGAAGUUGAAAGCCAUGGGUCACAAAGAGGGAAAGUUACAACAUUUCUUCAAUGUGGUGAAUGCUAUAUCCAAACAAGGGAGCUGCAUCACAGCGGUGUCAGAUGCCAGGAAGGAGGGGAAAGCAGCAGGAUAUUGAGACAUUGCCUGCAAGAGCUGUGGCUUUUGAAAAUGAGCUGUGGCUAUGAUGUGGCCACAUUGCCAUCAUGUUAUCAUUUCUGUACUGGAACAACAGUGGAGGUUGGAUUUCCCCCAAAAACCACUUGAGUGUUCAGUAAUGAACUUGACACUUUGGCUAGUAUGUAGUAGCGGGCUCCACAUUGCUCAUUUGCCACCAUGAUCUUCAUCGUGAGUUGGCCUUACAACCUGCCCUAGUUUGUGGCGUAUCCUACCUUUAAAGAUCUGGAUGUUCCAGCUGAGCCUUUCGUUCUGUUUUAAUAUCUGAGUUUUAUGUACAAAGCUGCAGGGCGCAGUCGUCUUCUCUUUUUUUUUUUGUCUGGGCUACGUAUCCACAUUGCAGUGUUGGUUCAGUGCAGAAGUGAUCUGUGCAAGACAAGCUGGAGGCGUUUUCCUGUCUUGCGUGAGACGGGGGGUGUGGUGGCCGUACCGCCACCUGUUUGCUGACUUGGUAUCCAUUGCCUGCACCAUGCCUGCUCCUCCUUCACUUCAGUCUCCAUCGGUGCUCCUGCUGAACAUUGCAUAUCCCCAUCUACCGGGUCAAACAAAGCUCUCCCCUUGGUGAGUUAGACACACUAGUCUUUCUCUCUGUACUACGGCACACAUUCUCGGAUGAGUUCCUGCAAAUCUUUAUAGACAACCUUACCUGCUUCUACAGCCUCAUGCUCACAGAAAUCUGCAUCAGCGCUUUGGGGAUCCUUGGGGGGGUUGUGACCUCCCUUUGGCCAACACUAUUAUUUCUACAGCCAGCCAUGAUCAUUCUAAAGUGUUAAAUACACUAUCCCAUUAUAUAUAUAUAUCAGCAUUUUGCCAGAUUGUAGAAUUCGGCUGAACUACUGAAACUUAUCUAGAGCUGUCAUUAAAUACACGAAUAGAGUGAAUCCAUUCCUCCUUAGCUUUUUUUAAAAUUGUGCUUUUUUUUGUUGCGCCAGUAUGAGUCUGGAUUAGCCAGUUGUGUGUUUUUCAUAUCUUUGGCUCUCCACUGAUUUCCCCGUGAUCACAGAAGGGGGAGAAGGAGGAAGUGUGGGCAGACUCCUCCAACUCCUUUCCUCUCGAGCCCCUCGAGUCUUUUAACCCAUCGCAGGCAGCAAAGCCCCAGCUGAUUGGAGCAGGACUGCAUACCUCACUCGUAGUACCUUAUAGAGGUCACUGUGAGCCAAGGUAGCCAUGACCUACUGUUCCCACCUUAUAGCCAAUUGUGCUGUGUGACAUGGGGAGUUCCAGUCUGUCAGCUAGAAACCUAACCCAGGCUCAAACCCACAAUCACAGAGCUUGACCUGCACUCAUCUUCACUGGUUGAGCCAGUUAGGUUUUUAUAUGAUUCUUUAAAUUCUUUAAUUGAUCGAGUGAAUAUACAGCCUCUAAGGCAAUGCAAUAGCAAUGCUCCCUACAGUCAAUCUUCCCAUCUGUGGAGGCUUUUGCUAGAACAUCAGUAUCUCAAAGUUUACAUUAUUGCUGUAGCAUUCUGCACAGCUGGUAACUGCCUUCAGUAGUUUUAUUCCUGCAGUUGUUUAUACAGUAGUUUCAUCUUGAAAAGAUCUGCUUUAGUUUUGUACUCUUGCGUGUAGCCAGGCAACAUUUCACCUUGCAGUUGUUUUACAGUACCUCUCACCUGCUGGAGCUGCACAAAGAAAGUGAACUGCCAUUUACUGGAGAGGAAUGGUACAGUAUAUUCAGUCUUGGGUUGUGUCAGGGAAUUUGAAGUUUAGCCAUUGUAGGGAAGUGUUGAUACCUGGUAUCCAUUUCUGUGCAGCAUGAACAUUAGUCUAAAACGUGUCAGUUGUGUGGUGUGUUGAUUGAGCAGUGUGUGAAAAGGUUUCAUUCUGAACAUUAUGGAUGGGUAUUUUUAUGUCUGCCACUUGUGAAAUAUUUGAUUGUGUAAGCCACUCCCUGCAUGUCUGUUGGUCUGGACCAAUUAAUUUGUCUUUUUGUUGUGUGUGCAAAUUUAUAGAAUGUGAACUAAUUCCGCCACUUUUAGCAAGCUGUUGCAAAGCUCUACAUCUGUGAUUUUUAUGCUUUAGAGUUGGAAUCUAAAGAGCUCAUCAGAACGGGUCGGAUCUUCUGCUUGUGUAUACUGUAGUUCUUUAAUUCGUGUAGUUUUUAUUUUUUUACAUUUACGGUAGUUUCAUGUGAAUUAACGUUUUUCAUAGAACAAUGACAUUUUAUUCUCCAAUGUUUUAUUUCUGUUUUUUACAUUUUUUAAGCUUCGGGUUUUUUAGCCUGUACAUGUAUUUUUUUUUUACUAUAAACACAUUUCUUUUCAGUCAUUAUUCUUCAUCAAUAAGUAGUUACUCCAAGAUUGCCACAAGCUAUUGUAAUGACACAGUAAGAAUUUCUUAAUGCCAGUACAGUAUCUCUGUGUGGAUGGAGAUGGAUAUAUAUAUUUUGGAGAUCUAAAUAUGUUAAUUACCCGCACAGUCUGUCACACCUUUGGUAUAAAAUAACCUUCCAGUCUUUACACAUUUUCAUUUUACAGCCUUUACAUCAAAUUAUGAAAUGAAGAACAUUUACAGUACCAUUUCAUGUUACAGAGAGUAACUAUGGUGGACAAUUCACAACUCCAAGAAAUAUGAAUAAUUUACGAUUGACAUUUGGACAUAGUCAGGCUGAUCAAUACCAUGCUUAUUUUAUUUUUAAACUCUUAGAAUAUAUCCAGAUAUAGAAAUAAAAAAUACAAAUUCCCAUUAUCUCAGAAACCAAUAAUUUGCUCUCCUUCUUUCAAAGCAUUGAUUUGUUAUCCCGGUCUUCUUGUCCAAUGGAAUGUUUUUCCAGCUGAAUGUAAUGCAGUUCCAUCCACAUUUACAAUUUUCAACAUACUGUAUGCCUUGGAGAAAUAAAACUUUUUUAAAAAAUAAAAUGUGAUUUAUUGCA